ACUUCUAACUAGUUCAGUCAGGCAGUAUAGUUUCUUUGACAAGAAAAAAUUAAAUAAUGUCUGGAGAAGUAGUGUUGUCAGGUUGUUAAAUUGUUUUUCAAAGUGUUUUUAUGCUGAUAGUUGUGAUUGGCUAUUUGCAAGAGAAUGGGUGACUUUUGGCUAUCUGUGAGUUUUCUUCUCGUUGUGACUGGAGGAAGUCCUGCAGAAACCACAGAACGAAUAAGAACGAAAUACGAAUUGGCGAUUGGUGAACUCCAUACUAAGCAGAUCAGUGAGAAUGGUUGGAUUAUGAAAAUUGGUAGUCAACCCCUCACUAUGAUGGGCGACGAGUCGUCAUUGGUCAAAUGUACAUUACAUGAAAAUAUUCAUGAUUACAAAGAAGAACAUAGGACUGAGAUUCACAUAUAUACUAUUGGCUCCAACGGACAAGCUGAAUAUGAGAAAGUAACCAAUGAAUUUGGUGACUUUUUUGUGCACAUCAAAAAAGAUCUUUGGAGCUGCAGUCACUCAACUGAUACUAAGUUGAGGUUUUCACGAGUGGUGAAUCGACUUUUCGGUGUGAAAGAGAUUCAGGACGUAAAAUAUCACGAUGCCAUCGAAGUUACAACUAAACACUACUUGGGAAUCCAGAAAACUGCUGAAAUUAUGGAAGUGAAAUAUAUAUUCACGAAUGAAACACACUCAUUCCCUGUCAGAUACUUGGGAGAAUUGCAGGAAGAGAUAGGAAAUUCAAAUACAGGGGAGAGAGUGGUUGACACUGUUGGAUCUACUUCUCUAAUUGAAGAUAAUCAGGCAGUUCCAGGAGAAGCAGAGUCCAAACGAGAACUGCACACUGAACAUUCCGGAAACAAGUGGAUAAGCAAUGAUGGAAUCUCUUUGAUUGUACGCUACAACUACCCUAAUAGUUCAAAUCUCGGAGACGAAUCAUCCACAGCCAAAUGUGUUGAAGAGCAAGGCAUUCAUCCCUUUCCCGACCAAUAUGCAUUGAGCUUUGCCUUGCGAGUGCAGAAGCAUGGUAAAACAUUCAAUGCUGAGAUUCUCAAAGAAGAAAGGCAUGAAUACUUCAUUCCAAUCAACCAGGAGAUAUGGAUGUGUCGAAUUGAUGAAGAGCAGGGUGAAAUUUUCUUCAGAGUAGUGAAUGAGGUAUUAGGCAGAAAGGCUGUAAAAAACGUGACAUAUCAUCAAGGAGUUAACAGUUUAUACAAAAUUCAAUUGGGUGAAAAAGUCACAAUCAGACUCAAAGAGAUUCGCUACUUUGAUGGAUUAACAUUUGUUGACAGAAAUUACUUGGGGAAAGUGCGACUUGACAAAAAACAACCUUUGCAAAGAAUAUAUAAUGGCAAAGACGGUGAGGUGCCCUUCCUAUUGAACGACAAUCGUCUAUUCAGAUUGCUUAUUGGCUCAGAAGGCUAUGACAUUAGAGUCGGGCAGAGAUGGGAGUUUCAAUACGACAAGUCUCUUCAGAAAGUCAAGUGUAGCGUUGAUAGUGGAGUCGAUUACUUGGAAGUCUACAGACCCAAAUUUCGAUUGAAAGCGAAGACUGAGAAUAAGAUCUCCAAGACCUAUAGCCUGGAAACACCAGAUAUGUAUACAAAACAGCAGUUUGUUCAUUAUUUGAAAGGGGAGAUCUCAAUGUGUCAUGAUAAUCAAAAUAAAAAAGUUUUUUAUAGAGUAUACAACGAAAUGAGUGUACUAGUGCCGGUUCAUGCCAUUGAAUUCUAUGAUGGAGUUUUCGUCUUCCCUGAACUCAUCAAUGGGAUGAAAUCGAAGACGGUUAGGGUGAUUGAAAUCAAGUACCUGAGUUUGAGAAACAUGAGAGUCGUCAAGUAUGAGGGAAAAGUGGAUUCGAGAGAUUCGAAACCAAUCACUAUGUUGAAAGUAUCACAGGUGAUGCGGGUGACAGCAGAGGAUGUAGUGUGGUCUGUGGGCCACUUUCCUGACAUCAAUAUGGACAUAGUGGACGAGAAGUCGUUCAUUCGCCAAAACAGCAUCCCUUAUGAUGACCAAGGUAGAAUGCAGUACAAUGAUAAUGGAGAAUUCGGAUUGGUGUUUGGUGAAAAAACUGAAAAUAUGGAAAAAAUAGGGAACCUCAAUGGAUUGGCUGAGUGUACUUUGCUAGGAGAGAAGCAAGGCGUACGUACAGUGCCUACAUUUCUUGAAGUCUCUAGGCCUACUAAAAAGAUGGUUUGCAUUCUCGAGGCUCUAAAAUUGGAUUUCUUCAAGAAAAUUAAUAUAGAUGAAUUAUGGGAUUGCAAGGACACUUCUGGAGUGAGAUUCAUCUAUCAGCGGUUUGAUCGUGUUUUGAGGAAUACAUUCACAAAGCAGUACAAAGCGUAUGAAAAUAUAAAGUUUUUUGGACUGGCACCGGGCCGUCUUUCACUAUUCAACUUUGUGAUGAUCGGAGAUGACAGCUAUCUGCAUAUCCAACAGGACAAGUACAUUCGAGUAGAAACUUCAAAUGACAAAAGUGGAAAAUCGAUCAAAAAGUACACUGUUGGGAACUAUGUUGGGCAGAUGUUAUUUAAAGGAGGUGCUGACUCACCAAAGAAAAGCGGUACGAUGCUCCUUCAAGAAGAUGAAGAGGAAAUCACCAGGUCAUUGCACUACUACACAGCAGAGAUAAGCUACGUGGUGGGACGCGAAUGGAUCUACAAGUCUGAGUUGGGAUCUGAGGGUGGUGACUCUCUAUACAUCGGCACAAAGUGGCAACGUGUAAUCGGCAACGCUGAAACAAAAACCACGUGUGAACGGCUGAAUGAUGUGGACGGUGGAAUGUUUGAUGCAUUUUACCGCACCAGAAUAAGGAAAGCAGAUGAGAUGAGCAGCAAAAGAAUGAGAACGCCCAAUCAGAGUUUAUAUGAAAAAUAUUUCUCCACCUUGAAACAGGAGGUUUGGCAGUGUGGCAUCAACAAGGGAGAGAUAAGGAUGCUGAGAAUAUUGAAUCACUUUUUUAUUCAAAAGCAUGGCUUAGUCAAAGAGAUGCUCUAUUAUGAUGGAGUCACCAUUCUACUGGGCAGGGUGCAUGGAGCUGGCCUGUUCACAGAAGUUAUCGAAAUCAAGUAUCUCGACGUGAAUGAUUUUACAGUAUUGAAGUAUGAAGGUAUAGUGAUACUUUUACAAAAGGAUAAAACAGAACUUUCCGACGGAAUGGAUGCUCUAAUGUUCUUGAAAAAUCAAGUUGCCAGAUUGGAAAACUACUAUUUGCCGAAGGGUCAAGUGCAUAGGACAUCUAUCAGCGAUAAAGGGGUGCUUCUUGAAAUCGGAAUUGAAAGUGACGAAACCAUCAACAUACCCCAUCUAGUUUGUGAAAGGAGAACGGAUCCCCUGCCCGCUCACACAGAUAAAUAUCGACCACGCAUCUACAUCAACUCAGUCACUGACUCCCACAUCCAACCACAGAUUAUGACUAUCAGAGAUAUCCACAGCUGCUUCACGUCAACCGUAUCACUCUGGCAUUGUAAGGAUGGAGCUGGUACAGAGAAGACGUACGCUAGGGCGGUCACUCAAUUGACCUUGAAGGAGUCAUGUUUGAAAAUCGCAACUAUUCUUCACUACGACAGUGUGCUCAUUCAGAAAAAGCCAAAGCUCACUAUAAGAGAAAUCAAAUUCUACAAGGAUACUGAGCAUGAAAAAACAGUUAGAAUAGAGGGUUUUGUACAUUUGGAACAAACACCAGCAUCUGCCGAAGGAGUUGGCCAAGAUUCACAAAAAAUAUCGGUGACAAGAGUUAACUAUGAACUGGAUGAAGUGAAGUUGCAUGUGAAACAGAUCAAGCAGGACAGUGGACCAAUCAUAGAGGUCGGAUCUCCAUAUCAGGCAACGUUUGGAACUGAAACUGAUGCCGUUCUGUGAGUAGCUCGUUGCCAUCAUCACUAAAGAACACAAACCAACAAAACAUAUUCAAUUGAUUCAUUCAUUCAACUUGCAACAAUACAACACCAAUUUUACAAAGGAAAUUGACAUUGGGGAAAAAUACAA